AUGAUUUACUCUUCCUCACCAAAAGCUGAAAAUGUUGGCACCUUUCUUCAAGAGUCAAAUAAACAGGAGGACCUACAGUACACUCGAUCGAAGGGUGAAUUUGUUAGGAAAAAUGAUCGCUUUGUUGUGAAGGACCGAAACUUCAAUCGCCAGUAUGCUCAUCUUUACGCAGAGAGAUUGCUUACGAUGCGAAAGCGACUGUCAGAUGCCGCAGUGAAGAAAUGGGGUAAAGGAAUUCCUCAGCGUAAGCUGCACGAGUUAUCCAGUGAUGAAAGAUGUGUAAUCAUUGGAACACUGUUCAAACACAUGGAGCUCCGGCCGAGCAUCCUUAAAGAGAUUAGUGAAGAGCACAAUUUGAUGCCUCAGCCAAUCAGAAGCAGGUACGCAAGUCCUGAAGACAAGCUGAUAAUUGAAGAUGAGCUGCAGCGAAUCUUUUUAGUGGGUGACCUAAAGUGUGCAGAUUGUGUUACUGGUAUUGUAGCUGCUGUUCUCGGUAGAGAACCAGCGGAGGACAAGGGCAAGUUUUACGUGGAGGAUUACUGUUUUCAAGACUUGCCUCAGCAGGUUCCUAGACCUGUCAUGGAACAUGACAAGUAUGUGAUGUUUGUGAGCGGAUUUGAACUUGGAGGUCAGGCAGACAGGCUGUUUCAAAUGCAAAUGUUGGCUGACCUAGUUUGUGGGCAGCUCGGUGACCCUGACCAACUGGAAGCAUCCGCUUCAAUCUGUCAUGUGAUUAUUGGAGGAAACUCACUUAAUGAGGCUACGCAGGACCGAGACACACUUAGCAAGGCCAAGUAUUUGUCAAAGAGAGAAUCUGCAGCAAGUGUGGAAGCCAUUAAAUCUUUGGACAGUUUUCUUAUGCAGUUAGUGUCAAAUGUUGACGUUACUGUGAUCCCUGGUGAGUUUGAUCCAUCCAACUUCACCCUACCCCAGCAGCCGCUCCACCCUUGCCUGUUGCCGCAGUCAUCACGAUUCAACACACUACACUGCCAGACUAACCCAUGCGAUUUUACCAUUGAUGGCAUUCGCAUUUUAGGUACGGCUGGCCAACCAAUCGAUGAUAUUGUCAAGUACAGUGAGAUUGAUGACAGACUGCUAGCAUUAGAGAACACCCUGGAUUGGGGCCAUGUUGCACCUACUGCUCCAGACACAUUAGGUUGCUUUCCAUUUGUCAAAGAGGAUCCAUUCAUUCUAACUGAGUGCCCUCAUAUCUUCUUUGCUGGCUGUCAGCCAGAAUUUAGCAGUAAAAUCCAUAAAGGUCCAGCCAAUCAGGAGGUACUGCUGAUAACUGUCCCCCGUUUCAGCCAAUCAAGUUUGGCUGUUUUGGUCAACUUGAAGUCUCUGGAAACUCUGCCAAUCAGCUUUCAUUCUCACUUUCCCAUUGUUGAUGAGUGUAUGAGCGAUGAAGUGGAUAAGUGA